ACGUGCUCUCUCUGAUCUGUCUCUCUCUGCCUGAUUCUCGGUCUCUCUGCUGGUUUUUCUCUCUCCUUCCCACCCCCAUGAGUGACAGCUGCCGAGAGCGGUUUCCAUAGUAACCCAGCUCGCCGUCCCUCGGAGAUGAAGCCACCACGUUCCCCAUUACCAGGGAGCAUGCGAUUACCCAAAGGGGCAGAGCUCACACAGGACAGGCUGGCCCAGCCCCUGCCUCAGACCAGGUUCCAGCCCAGCCCCACCCGGCAGAGGGUCCAGGCUGCCAGGGCCCCUGGUCCUGUGAGCACGUGAACCCUCACUCCAUUCCACAGAUGGUGACUGCCUGUCCCCUCUUGAUCCCGACAAGGUUGGGCAGGGGCCUCUGCUGGGCACCAAGAGGGUCCAGGGACCGUCAGUGCCCAUCUCCGCUGGCAGGGGACCGGAAGCUGUUCGUGGGGAUGCUGAACAAGCAGCAGUCAGAGGAGGACGUGCUGCGGCUGUUCCAGCCCUUCGGGGUCAUCGACGAGUGCACCGUGCUCCGGGGGCCUGACGGCAGCAGCAAAGGCUGUGCUUUUGUGAAGUUCUCCUCCCACACGGAGGCGCAGGCGGCCAUCCACGCCUUGCACGGGAGCCAGACCAUGCCGGGAGCCUCCUCCAGCCUGGUGGUCAAGUUCGCCGACACGGACAAGGAACGGACGCUCCGGCGCAUGCAGCAGAUGGUGGGCCAGCUGGGCAUCCUGACGCCCUCCCUCACACUGCCCUUCAGCCCCUACAGUGCCUACGCCCAGGCUCUCAUGCAACAGCAGACAACAGUGCUGUCCACCUCGGGCAGCUACCUGAGUCCCGGCGUGGCCUUCUCACCCUGUCAUAUCCAGCAGAUCGGCGCCGUCAGCCUCAAUGGGCUGCCUGCCACACCCAUCGCUCCUGCCUCUGGGCUGCACUCACCCCCGCUGCUGGGCACCACCGCGGUGCCCGGCCUCGUGGCUCCCAUCACCAACGGCUUUGCAGGUGUCGUGCCCUUUCCAAGUGGGCACCCUGCCCUGGAAACCGUCUAUGCCAAUGGCCUUGUGCCCUACCCAGCUCAGAGCCCGACUGUGGCCGAGACACUGCAUCCUGCCUUCUCCGGAGUCCAGCAGUACACAGCCAUGUACCCCACCGCGGCCAUCACGCCCAUCGCGCACAGCGUCCCCCAGCCGCCGCCCCUCCUGCAGCAGCAGCAGCGAGAAGGUCCCGAAGGCUGUAACCUGUUUAUCUACCACCUCCCCCAGGAGUUUGGAGACACGGAGCUGACGCAGAUGUUCCUGCCCUUCGGCAAUAUCAUUUCCUCCAAGGUGUUUAUGGAUCGAGCUACCAACCAGAGCAAGUGUUUCGGCUUCGUGAGCUUUGAUAACCCGGCCAGCGCCCAGACAGCCAUCCAGGCCAUGAACGGUUUCCAGAUCGGCAUGAAGAGGCUCAAAGUGCAGCUGAAGCGGCCCAAAGACCCGGGACACCCCUACUGACCGCGCCCACAGCCGCCCCGAGGCUGUGGGCAUGGCCCAGUUCCCCUGGGAUAAGUGGCCCCUCACUGGGUGUCAUUCUUACCCAAUGGGUUGAUGGAAAAGUGGAAUUCAUGCGCCACCCACCAUCCUGUAAGAACACGAACAAAACACAACCAAACCCAGAGUGUAUUUUGCCACCAGGGCAAACCGCCUGCUCAACAGUUUUUUUGGAGGGGGACGGGAUGAAUGGUAAACCUUGUGGGGCCGCUGUGGGAACUCAACCCUGGAUCUCAAACCUUGAUGAGCCUCAUCUGUAAAAUGGGCUCAAGAAAGUCAUCUCCCCAGAGGCGGCAGAAACGGUCCACCUAGGGAACGGAGGGGGUUUCUUUUCACAGCCGAGCCCAGAACCCACCACCUAAAGAGCAGCGGAUGAUUCGUUGUGAUUUUUUCUUGUUGUUUUAAAUCACCAUCACCAUCAUCAAAGAGCCUUGCCCGGAGCUGGCAGAGUAGGUGCUCAGUUAGAGGCUCACUGGCCUUUUCACAUUCUCCCGGGUUGGCACACACAGAUUUGGGAGCGUUUAACGGCACAAAACGCGCCUUCGGGAACUGCCAACCAGAAGCGAAAUCCAAAGCCGCUGUCUGCGAUCCCUUCACUUUUCACUCUCUGUCUGCCCUUUUUUUUUUUUUUUUUUUUUAACUGAGCAUCUAUUAUGUGCUAGGUGCUGUCCCAGCGCUCAGGGACGCAGCUGUGAAUGAACAGAAACGGGGAUGGCGGGGAGCAGGGGAGAAACUGCCUUCACAGACCUUAGAUGGCAGGAUGUGUGGAAGGAGAGACAGAAAACAGAAAUAUCUGUCCCAGCUGCCAGAGGAGGAGGAAAAUGGGCUUGGUGAUUGUGACGUUAGGUUCUUUGAAUGCUGGGUUUGUUGGCCUCUGAACUCUGGCCUUUGUGGGAUCUUUUCUUUUGAAAAAGAUGGGAGCCCUUGGCUUCCUAGAUCCCAGCCUGGCCAGGGCAAGGCGGGUGGAGCCGGGUGGGGAGGCGGUGUCCACCUGUGCGGCCCCUAACGCCCGUCCCUUCUCCCCCAGGUGAGGGGCCUUCCCAUCCCAGGAGGGUUUUCCGCUUCCAACCGGUCCAGGACUUUUCAUAAAUUACAACCGUUCUUUGGACACCAGCCCUUUCUACCCCUCACCCCCGCCCCCCUCUACUGGAGGCCGCCCGGAGUGGGGAGGGGGCUUUGUGGUCUGUCCUGGGGCAGAGGUGGGGCUGGGGAGAGGCUCCUGAAUUGAGGACAGCAGCGUUCACACACCCCCUGCUUUGGGAAACGCCCUUGCUUCUUCCCCACCUAACUCGGUGACUUCCCCAAAUUAAAUCACCACCUUUCCUAUAUAUAUAUGCAUAUAUAUAUAGAUCUAUAGACGGUAUAUAUAUUUUUUUGAGUACGGAUCAUGGGACCAAACUUUUCCGACUUCCUUCCAUCCGAGUCGAGUGACCCUGGGCUGGUCACUCAGCAGGGACACAGGAAGGGCUGAGGUUGGUGGGACCCCGGGCAACAGACAGGUGCCCCUCCCCCCCACCUCCCGGCUGUCACAUCCCACCAGGAAACCCGCCAACACAAUAUACCUCCAGGACUUUUGGCAGCCCUUCCCCCUCCGCCACUGAUUCUCCAGGGCCCUUGAACUCUGAUAGCUUCGGCGUCCCUGGUCCCAGCUACAGCCUCCAGGCCCCACCUCGCCCCUUCCUCCCAGAGCCCUGCCUUCCCGGAUAGGUCAAGGUACAACAGAGACACUCUGGCCGGCCUCAGCCCUUCUCCGCUCCCUUCCCUGAGUCAUAGCCUUACUCAUGUGACCAGUAGCCCUUAGCUUUCCGUCGGAGGGGGGGCAGACAGGGUUGGGGGGAGGCUCCCCCUGCCCCUCACCACCCCCUCCCAAGGCCAGGCAGCCAUCGUCCCUGCCUUCGAAUCACCAGCCUCGAAUUUAAGGUCUUGUAACCCGGAUUGCCAAGCGUAGCGGAAGACCCCCCCCUGGACUGACCAAGCACCCCUUUCACCGGAGAUGACGGACUUGAUAAUGACCUUCAUACCUCUACAGAGAUUUUUUUUUUUCUUUUUUUUUUUUCCGGUCUUUCUGAGCAGGUACAAAGAAGAAAAGAGAAGAAAAAAAAAAAUGGGGGAAAAAAAAAAAAACAAACCGCAAUGAAUUUUUGUUUCCUCAUUGGGAGUGGGGUGGGGGGGACUUUGUGGGGUGCCUCUGUACAGCUGCCUGAUCCGCGACACCCACGUCAAAGCACAGAAUCAAGUUCGCUUGGACAUCCAGCGAGGCCUCUCACCCAAUGAGGCGCCAGAUAACUUCAUAAGCUCAAAGGCAAAAAAAAAAAAAAAAAAAAA